AUGGGGCACCAAGAGUAUUCCUCAGAAUUCAAGAACCAAGUGGUCCAAUUCAUCAUCGGAAGGUGUGUGGGCGGUGUACCUCCUCGUGGCACACUUAAGGAAGCACAACUGAAGUUUACAAUCUCCCGGCAAACCUGUACAAGGUGGUGGAAUGCUGCAAAGAAACAGCAACAACGAGGAACAUCAGUUCAACUGAUAAGUGUCAAAAAAGUGCGGCAUUACCCCAAAAGGCUGCAAUUGGAUGUUGAUCUGUUAAAGAGUUUGCAUUUCUCCAAAAGGUGCAACCUCUUGAGUGUGGCAGUGGGUUUAGGUUGUUCAAAAACAACCGUAUGGAGGUGGGUUAAGGAUGGCCUGAUUAUACCACACACAUCAGCCAUUAAACCCAACUUAACAGCUGCAAACAAGCUGUUACGGCUGAGAUUCACAGUUGAAUCAUUAGAAUUUGACAGAAUCCUCAACAAAAUCAGAUUCAUGUGCACAACACUAUACAUAUUGAUGAAAAGUGUUUGUAGACCACUGUUUGGUGUUCAUGGUGAAGUGUUGUUUGAUGGAAAAAUUGGAAUUUUUCCCUUUACCAAACAAGUUGCAGCCAAGAGGUCAAGUAAAAACAGGCAGGCAGGCACUAUGGAGACAAAACCCAUAGAGAGUAUCACAACAGAUGUGGUGAGGGAAUGCUUGAUCAAUAAGAUAUUACCUGCCAUCAUAGCCAAGUGGCCAGAUGGGGCAACUAAAGUUCUCAAGAUACAACAAGAUAACGCGAGACCACACAUCAAAGACAAUGACCCAGCUUUCAGAGAAGCUGCACAACAAAGUGGGUUCUCAAUCUCAAUUGUGCAACAACCACCUAAAUCACCUGACACCAAUGUGAAUGACUUGGGUUGGUUCAGAGCAAUACAGUCACUACAAACUCAGACUGCAUGCAAUAAUGUGGAUGACUUAGUGAGUGCAGUUGAGAAAUCAUUCCAUGAAUUACAACCAGAGACUUUGGAUAAUGUUUUCCUAAGUCUUCAAGGCUGUUACAUGGAAAUUAUGAAAGUCCAUGGUCAGAACAGAUACAAGCUGCCCCACAUGGGGAAAACACAUUUAAGGAGGACAAAUCAGCUUCCACUGAAUCUAGAAGUUCCAGUGGAACUGGUUAUGGAAGCAGUAGCUUAUCUGAGAGACCAGGGGAGCAAUCAUGGAUUGGAGUCAAUAUCCCAAGCCUUAGGAUUAUGA